AUGAUGAUGAUGCUCACUGGGAGAGCCGGUUUGGGCGAGGAGCCAAUGAGGAGGCGGCCAAACCAAAACCGCACUAGUCCCGACCGGAUCCUCGCCUUUCCACCUCAAACCACAAGAAACGUCUUCAAGUCAUUCCCCAUCCACGAUCCCCCUCCACUCUCUCCUAAGCCGUGCCCUGGCGUGCUUUCUGGCUUUCAAACUCCCGACCUCCCUCUAAUUACCUCAAUUGAACCCGAUUUCGACGUGGUGCUGCCACCUCCCGCCUGCCGCACAAUGUUUCUUCGCACCGUCUCUCGCGCUGUCCCUCGCAGCACCGCGGCCAUCCGUGCUGCCCCGACUGCCUCUGUGAAUGCCCUGCAGACCCGCGCUGCCUCGGACCAUGCUAUCCCCAACCCUACCCUCGCCAACAUCGAGAAGCGCUGGGAGGUCAUGCCCCCUCAGGAGCAGGCCGAGCUCUGGAUGCAGCUCCGUGACCGCAUGAAGGUCGACUGGCACCAGAUGACCCUGCAGGAGAAGAAGGCCGCUUACUACAUUGCCUUCGGCGCCCACGGCCCCCGCGCUCAGCCCCCCAAGGGUGAGGGCUUGCGCGUGCUCGCCAAGGUGCUCCAGCUCACUGCCGUCUCCGUUGCUCUCUUCUACGCCAUCCAUGCCUUUGCCGGCAAGCAGCCCGCCACCAUGUCCAAGGAGUGGCAGGAGGCAUCCAACGAAUAUGCCCUGAAAGAGAAGAUCAACCCCAUCCACGGCAUCAGCAAAGAGGGCUACGAAGGCAAGGGCUUCGUCCAGAGCCCCCCUGCCGAGAAGUCAUAG